AUGGCUGCCCACGAAUUGAAAUCAGACUAUGAGGACUCAUUCUCCGCUCCUUACGCCCGCCACCAAACAUUCACCAUUGAUCCACAAGAGCAUUCACGCGACCCCUCUUAUCCACCCAAACCUACUUUCACCUCCAAGACUCAGGAAGACGCCCAUGACUUAACUCCUGUCGCUUACCCACCCGCACCACCCGAACGCGCCAUAGCUGGGGAAGGAUUCUGGCAAAAGAUCCUACCCGAGUCGAUGGCAUGUCGGCUGUAUGUCCUCACGGUUCUAAUAGAGACGACGGUCGACUUGGGAAUCGAAGGAGAGCUUCUUAUUCAAAUCAAUAAGAGCUCGAUAGGUGGAGAUGCGCAGGACCGGGUUGCUGCAAACAAAAUGCCGGUCUAUCUGAGCAUUUUCGCUCUAGCUCACGUCUUCCAGUUUGUGAUGGCAGUGGAUGCCGUCUACGCACGAAAUACACUGCAAUUCCUUUGCCUCACAAUAUUUAAUGCACUCUUCCUCGUGUACGCCGUCAUCCAAAUUGGAGAAAUCCGCCAAUUAGAUGUUGCCUCAACGGCCACCUCGAAACUCCCUGUGACUACUCUAACAGCGAUAAUACCCUGCGUUAUUGCUCUCGCCGAAAUAUCUUAUAUUGCUCUUGGGUACAAGAUAUAUCACGAGUUCGGUUGGAAAGUUUACAAGUUCCUCGGCGCAGACCGUCGAAUCAAGAAGCUAUACGCUGACUAUCAAAUCUACGAGUGUCUCGUCAAAUUUGACGUUUUCUUCUGGGUUGGAUUCAGUGUUCAGUUCAUCUGGCUCGUGCUCCUCGACCAUGAUUGGGAAUACUACGUCACUUGCGCGGCAUUGCCUCUAUCGCUUGUCCUACUGGUGGAGGGACACCUCGCCGCUAGACACGAGAACAAAGUCAUGAUGUCCACCUUCAUCUCAGGCUGCUCUGCAGCCAUGAUUUAUUUCGUCUACAAGGCAGGUCAUUUGGCCAAAGUCCUGAGGUAUCGAGCCACAGAUGACUAUAAACUAGUGUGGAAAACCCUCACUGUAUUUUCCGUCAUUGCUAUAUUACUACUGGCGGCUUCCAUCGUCUAUUCGGUGAUCGUUUUCCGAAACUUUGGACGUGGGUUAAAAGAUGCUCUCACACGGAAGAGCUUGGGUCCAGGCCCAUUUAGUUCCCAACAGCACCGACGAGCUGCCAGCAUGAACCCAAAUCGCAUGAGCAUUGACUGA